GUGCAACUGUCUAACGAGUAUCAGGCCAGCGCCAGCAGUAUAUUCUUUGUAUUAUGUAUUAACAACUAACAGCUAUUCAACUGUUUUAAGAAAUAUUAUUUGAUAGUUAAUUAUUGUUUUAAUUAUUGCUGUGGUGUGGGGCGUUGGCUGUUGAAUUCAUUAAGUAGUUUGAUUAUGUCUUUGAAAGGUUUUACUUUCGGCACAGUAUGUUUUGAUGAGCCACGAGCUAUUUAUUAUGCUGGCCAAACUCUAUCAGGAACUAUAAAAUUUGACAUAGAGCUGCCGGUAACAUUUACAGCAAUUAAAGCCCACUAUAGUGGUCAUGCAUCAGUUUCCUGGAAUGAAGAUCAAAGUGAAAAGUAUGGGGGAGUGGAACGAGUGAGAAUAAUAAAUUAUGUUGGCAAUGAGCUAUAUAUUAACAAUGAGCAAUAUGUCCUUGGUACUGGAGCUCCAACCCUACUUCCAGCUGGACCUCACACAAUCAAGUUCUCAUAUCAACUUCCAUAUAAUAUACCAUCAUCAUUCAAUGGAGAAAAAGGAAGCAUAAAGUAUUGUAUGACAGCAUAUUUAGAAUACCCUGAGGGACAUCAUGAUAAAUUAACUGCCGAUUUUGAUAUUGUUGAUCCACUAGACCUUAACACAAUUGAAUGCUUAAGGAAGCCAAUAGAGACAGAAUAUGAUGAGGUAUCUAGUUGUAACAUGUUCUGCCAAAGUCAGCCAAUUAUUAUAAAGAUAGUUGUACCAGUGGGUGGCUAUUGUCCAGGACAAACUAUACCAAUUGGAAUACAGGCACAAAAUGACAGCAGUGUUGAAGUAACAAGAAUUAAGUUUCAAUUGAUUCAGAGAGUGAGAUAUCACAGCACACACCCAAGGUCUACGUAUGUGACUCCCGAGGAAGUGUUGGAGUCAGCCAGUCAAGGACCCAUAAUGAGCCACACCAAACGAUCUCUCACAUGUCCAUUAAGAGUUCCCGAUAUCAUUGCGUACAAUACACAAGCCUGUGGUAUUAUUGAAGUUGCUUACUUUAUAAAGAUGUUAAUUAAGAUGUCGGGAUGUGUCGACAACUGUGAAGACGAUCAUGAGAUCAGGCUUGGUCUUAUCCCGAUUCAGGAAACACUAACAGACUCUUACGUUCAUCCAUUAUCACACCUACUUCCAACCGCACCCAUACCUAAAGCCAAUAUGAACUAUUCACAGAACGGCGAAGUCCAAAAGAAUGUCAAUGAAAAUGAUAGUGGAUUCAGACAGUAUGACAUAGGCUUCAAAGUCCCAGGGUUACCGUUAUUACCGUUGGUAACUGUUGGUUCUAAUAUACCUCAGCCGUCAGCUCCACCGUUGCCUUAAUGUGAAAUUAUUGGUUCUAAGUCUGAAUAACUUUAAGAAAUGAUAAUUUUAGCUUAGAGAAUUCUUAUUUUUUAUCUCGAAAUUAUUAUAUUAUACUUAUAAUACUCUGACGUUUCGAUUGUAAUGUUAUAUGAUAUAUACAUAUUAGAUUAAGCAUAAAAUAUUUGAUAAAUCACUAUACAGCAAGAGCUUUAAUUAUUAAAUUGUUAUUUUUUUAUAUUAUGAUAGUGAUAUAGAUUUUGGCAAAGCGCUUUCAUUUUUCACUUGGUGCUUUUCAAUAUUUUUUGAAGAAUUUUAUUGUAAUACUUUUUACAUGUUCUUAAUAAGUAUAUUAUGUGAUUCAAAAUAAAAUGUCAUGCUAAAAA